CUUCAACAACUAGAUCUCUGAACAAUAGACCACUAGUCUCAAAAUCCUAGGAACCUUAUUGGGGUAAAAGGUGAUUUACUUGAGCUCAUUGCUACGGAUUCUCUACCAAGUUACGGUGACGAUUGAUCAAUCGCAUUCAUCGCCUUCAUCGCCGCGACCAGGCAAACGCAUCUCAAGAUGCCCGUCGGCAUCCAGCGGAUCAACGCGAAGAAGUCGCAACCAAACUCUCUUAUAAUCUUCAUCAAGCCGCUGAAAGGCCCCGAUGAAGCCAUUGCCCAGGACUUCCUGGAGAGAAUAGCCGCACAAUGCUUGCCCAUCAUGAGAGAGCAUCGUCUGUCGGUCAUGACCCUCGAGGAGUAUGAGCCAAAUCGCGAGUUCGUCGGCCGCAACUUCAAUGCUGGGGAGGUGAUACAGCUAGUGCUAAAGUCGCCUGCAACGGGGCGGUGGCUUCCUUUCAAUUAUGUGCAGAUGGUCAUGAUGCAUGAACUCGCGCAUUGCAAACAGAUGAAUCACUCGAAGGCAUUCUGGGCCGAGAGAAACAACUAUGCAGAACAGAUGAGGACGCUUUGGACGCGAGGCUACACCGGCGAAGGUAUUUGGGGUAGAGGAGCCAACUUAGCAACUGGUGCAUUUGAAGCGAACACCGUCGAGCCAGGUGAGGUUCUUCCCGAUCACCUAUGUGGUGGCACAUACCGCUCGAGACGAAAGCGCAAGGCAAAGGAUCAGCUCAGCUACAAAGAGAGAAAGCAACGUCGCAUCUUGAAGAAGUUUGGAGCGAAUGGGGUCGCUCUUGGAGAGGAUGAAGAUGUCAAGGCGGAACUGGAAAAGGGGAGAAGAACCCAGGCCAAGCCCCGAGUUGCAGGAAGUAAGCGAGGACGCGAGCUUCGGGCAGCCGCAGCGCUGGCAAGAUUCGACCAACGGAAGACGCCAUACGAUGAAAAGAAAUCGACGCCUUUUGAUGAUGACGAGACCACUAGCGAAGAAGAGUCGGAGACGGCAAGCGGGAGCGAAAAAGAGGAUGUGUUCGCCGUCGAUAUGAAUGGCAAGCGGCUAUUGGACGACAAAGGACGUCGCAUGGUCAAAGUUUGCGAGGUCGAAAACGCGGAGGACCUUGAUGCCCAAAGUGAGCUGCGGGAGUUGCAGUCUUCAAUGACUCCACGUAAGGUACCUGGACUAGGUUCGGCUUUGUUGUCGUCAAAAACUCCUGCAGCUACUCAAAAGCCAGAGAAGGCAGAGCUUUUAUCACAACCACCCUCAACCACCUCAAGCAAAAAGCAAGAGACGAGUCGACAAGACACAAAGAAAUCUGCCCAGGCAGGCUUAGACGAGAAAAGCAAAGCACAAGCACAAGGCCAAAUCGCACCUGUUCGCGAGCAGCUUGCGACUACUGGAGUAUGCCCUCUCUGCUCGUUCGACAACGGCCCCGAUCCUAUGACAUGCGUCAUAUGUUCUCAUGUCUUGGACUCACGAAAGGUUCUAAACUCAUGGCGAUGCAAAAGUGCUGCGUGUCAGGGCAGUUUAUACCUCAAUGCCGGAGACACGGGGUUAUGUGGAGUAUGCGGUGCGCGAAAGAGCGGAGGAUCCUGAAAGACGUCACUCAUCUCGGAACAGGGACUCCCUCUGUUAGUUGGUAUGAGCAUCGUGUCAAGUCUGAUUGGAAGGUUUGUGACUUUAUACUCCAACUCUAUCAUUUAAUUGCCGUCCGUUCAUCUAAAGUCGUGUCAAGGAGUGAGCUAUUCGGUGUUGUUCGUGAGUAUAUAGUAUAGUGGUCUUAGCAAGGCAGUUCCCGGAAAUUAAGGAGACUUAGCGACUAUAUCCUAGUCCCUGUAAGCGAUGGAUGCGGCGGCAAUGGCAAGAGACUAGGUUAGCUUUGAAGGGCAAGUUUCACGUUACACUACUCAGCACACAUUAAGGUUGAU